GCUGUGUGCAUUCCCUGAUUUCCUGAACACUUCUACCAUUCACCCCAACUUUAUAUCACCAUGGAAGGGUACGUGUCAAGACAUGCAUUCGCGACUUCGAAAAUAUUAUUCCCACAAGAUCAUCUGCUGACCAGCCUAGACUCAAUGCAUCGGAACAGCGCGAGCUCGCUGCCCGCAUGGAGAGAAAGCAGCUGAAGGAGUUUAUGACUGUACGUACCUAUCUUAUCCCAAGGCUGUUUCCGAUUCGAUUCCCCUCGCAGUUUGCCCUGUGACUGUGACAAGCUCUACCACCGCCUACGAUAAACUUAUCCCUAGCUACCGCUUUCCACCCAGUUACUGACCCUGCCGGUCCUUCCAGAUGUACUCCAAGCUCGUGCAGAAGUGCUUCGACGACUGCGUCAACGACUUCACCACCAAGUCCCUGAUCAACCGUGAGGAGAGCUGCGUGAUGCGCUGUGUUGACAAGUACAUGAAGGGUUCGGCCCGGUUGAACGAGCGGUUCCAGGAGCAGAACGCGGCCAUGAUGCAGCAGGGCCAGAUGCCGGGUCGGUAAACUGGUGCUUUGUACGAUCUUGUCUUGCUGGGUAGUUCUUGCAUUCGGUUUGGCGAACUGUGUAUAAAAUCUUUAGAAUUCAACGACGAGCUCCUGGUUUCGGAAGAUAUAUGAUGUUUUGGGAAUGCUGUUGGUACGAUCAGUGCUUUAGAUGCGUGGUACGAGCCGGCGUACAGUGU